UUAGUUGUCAGUACUGAAACAAAGUGCGCGGAGAAAGUACUACCUAUACCUAUCAUUGUCGGUACAACUGGUGACCGAUGUAAUUGAGGAUAUAGAUACGUGUAUACAGUGUAUUAAAUAGUGAAACGGAUUAUCAACUCGUCUUUUUCACACUCUGGAGGAAUUUCGCUCUGGUUGUUCAACUUAAUAAUAAAAGAAAUAAAAUUUAGAAUAUGCGCCAACGAGGAUACGAAUGGUGAUAUGGGAAAUAAUGGUAGCCAAAAUGUCACAAUAACUGAACCACAUUCGUUAGAUAAAUUGGUUCAUUCAUAUCCCAGGACACAGCCAUUGCAUUCAAAACAACAUUAUCAACAUAAAGUUUUACCGGAAAGAGACGCGCGUUUGAAACUCAGACCAACCGGUAAUGGAGAAAUUAUUCAAUCUGGUGGUACCAUCAGUGGAAGACAGUUUAGACUGACACGAGAGUUAAAGGACACUCUAGAUAGAAAUGUUUCGGAAAAUUAUGAAAGGUAUAGUUCUGAUGAAGAAAAAGACUGUUCACGAGAGAAAGAAAAUUCUCGAAGAACUGCUCGUCAUGGACAAAAAUUAUCUAAUAAUCAAUCUAGUCAACAGGGAAAUAUCACCAAAAAUUAUGAAGAUUGUAGUUCUAGCGAUGUAAAAGAUCUUUCCCGAAAAGUUUUCCUUCAUAGGGUGAAGCAAAAGCAAUCUAAUAAUCUAUCUAGUCAGCAGAUCAAAUAUUUUGCUUCGGAACCUGAUUUGAGAUAUGCCUGUAAACAUGUAAAUAACGAUUGUCAAGAUAGAAGAUUGAGAAAAAAGUACAAAGCACCUUCACCACCUAAGCCCUCAAAGGGAAGUGACAAUUCACAAUCAACUACAGAGAUUCUCCUUAAUCCUGGACUUCCUAUUAGAAAAGCUCGUUUGUUUAAAACUAGAGCCGAAACUAAAAAACAAUCUAGUCAGUUAAACGAAACUACUGAUGAUUAUCUAAAUAAUAAUCAUAAUACUGAUAACAUCACUAACAACGAUAAAGUGAGGGACAAGUUGAAAACGUUGAAUUUACCAGAGACAAAACUGAACUCAAAAGAAUUUAUCAAGGAACUGAAGGACGCAACUAGAAGAUUAAGACAUGUAGAACUAGAAAAAGAAGAAUUGAAUAAUAGAAGAACUAAGUUGAAUACUUUGGACCCUAAUGUACCUAUCAGUAAAGAUUUAACAAGGAAAUUGUUGUUAACAAUAGAAAAUAAUUCCAAUUCUAAAAAAUCCUCUCCGCAAUGCAGUCGAGGUGAAGCUUCUGGUAAAGAAUCGACUACCCCAGAUAUGUCUCCAUCUCCCACUUCCAGAGGUAUAGCUGCAAAAGAUCGUUCAAAACAACUGUUUUAUUUCGGUAUGAACAAAAAUGUUACUGACGGAAAUCAACCCAAUAAUGGAAUGUACCAAAAUUUCACCAGCAAGAGUAACGAGGACAAUUCAUCUGAAUCAAAUUUAUCCAGCGACAUUGAAUCUGAUGAAAAUGAUACUUUCAGAUCAGGAAUAGACCUUCAGUUACGUCCAAUACUGCCUAAAAAACAAUUGGAGAUUCCUAGAUUUUCCCCAUCAGCAGCCUGGAGACUUUUAUCAAUAAAUAAUGACAAUACAAAUGGUACUAUGAUAAGCGAUGAUGUACCGGUACUAUUAGAAGAUCACAUUGAAAAAUUUGCUAGACCGCCACCUCCUCUAGUAAAUGCCGGGCAAAGGUCUAGUAAUGAUAAAUCGGGAGAUUCGGGAAUAUCUGGAGACGCUCCAGACACCGCAAAUCCAAUUUCUUACUGUUUUGAUGAUGUCACAUCAGCUAAUGAUACAAAUGGGAUUAUAAACACCAAAAAGAUGUCAAUGAAAUAUUUGAACAAACCUGAAAGAGUAUCUUGGACUCCACAACAAGAUUUAGGAGAUGAUACGAGCACUGAAGAUGAUGGAGUUAACGACAAAACGUUUCCUCAAAAAUCGAGAGCUUACUUAGGACCGCACACUUUCAGUUUAUCUCUUCCUAGAGAUAAUCGUUUGGCUGCUUAUAUGAUAGAAAAAAAUAGCGCACCCCAGUAUAGUGGUAUGCAAAAAUUUAAAAAAUCGUUAUCAGGAGUAUUGGGCAGAAAAGUACUUUCCGAGUCAAGUUUUGCAGAAGAAAACAGUGCAAACUGGUUUUUUAGUAAAUCAGCUCCGAAUCCAUUAACACACACCUUUCAUUCGUUGGAAAGAUGUAGAAUGCAAGAUGCAGAAGACCUGCUUUAUCCCACAAAUGUGAAUGCAUCUUCUAGAUUGAUAUAUUUACCUGAAAUAGAUUUAGGAAACGAAAAACCUCGUAGUUUCAAUAACAAAUACUCAGUAUAUUCAAAAUCUUGUGACGAUAUUUCUUUAGAAGUUCAGAAUUAUCAUCCAGAGCCGCUCCAAGACCUAGCUCGUACUGAUGAAUCUUCGUGGAAAUUAGAAAAGAAACCAAAAAAAUAUACAUUCCAAAGCACUAUAAGGCAGAUUGAAAAGAAACGAUUAUCAGAUAAGUUAUCUAAAGAAGCAGAAAAAAGAGAAAGAAAACGACUUAGAGAAUUGGAAGCCAUGCAGAAAGUAGAGGAAGAAUUUCAGAAAAAAAGAGCAAGGGAAAAAGCAGACAUUAGAAAACAAUUGCGAUUAUUUUCAUUAGAUGAAAAUUCUGGUCGGCACAGUAUACCGCAUAAUUUUGAAAUUGACAAUAAAGAACGUAGAUCUGAACCUGACGGUGCAUUCUCUUCGGUUUCAUCAUCAUCAAGCUCACAAAAACACAACGGUAGAACAAUAGAACACUCAAAAAUGUCUAAAUUCGAAAAUAAACCCUCAUCAGCAUUCACCAGAGAAUUAUCUGAAUAUAGACAACUACAACGAAAUUAUAAAGACUACAAUAGUAAUAUAAAAUUUACUUCUGAUAAAGGAUAUAGUAGACAAACAACUAUUUAUCCUCAAGUUAAAUGUAAUAUGCCCAAAGCCAAAGGUCCUAAAACAAAAGAAGAUCAUAACUACAGAAAAGAAUUUGCAGCCGGAAUACGCAUACUGACUACAACCAGCACUCAUUCUGAAGAUUCACAAAAUUAUUCCACCAAAAGAAACAAACUAACCGGAUCUGGGCGUAGUUACAAUAGACACCUAGUGUCUAGUUAAUUAUUGAAAAUGGAUAUAUUUGUCAAAUAAUCCAGUCAUUAUAGAGGGUUGACCUCGAAAAAUCGACACACCCAGUAUAUGAUAACGUGAAAAUUUGUAUUUUGGCAUUCUUAAGCUAUUCUCAAAAUUCACGUAUAAUUCGAUGGUCGCAAGUUUCAAAGUCUGGUGUCAAAGGUUACAAAAAAAUCGAUUUUUUUACAUUUUUAGCAAAUAUCUCGUCUUCUCGAGUUAUAAGCUAUAACUAUUUUCUAUAAAUAUUUUUUUAUACCUUGAUCUGUUUUCAAGAUAGAGGGCGUAGAGCGCGCUUUCAGAGAAUUAUUUGAGAGAAUUGAAAUUAGAACUUUUCUCGAAAUUUUUAUUAAUUUUGACAAUUAUAAAUCUAUAAAGCUUAAUAUUACGAGUUUUUCAUUGAGACUACCAGUUGACCUCAUAUAAUUCUCUGACCACGCGCUCUACGACCUCUAUCUCUAAAACAGUUCAAGGUAUAAGAAAAUGUUGGAUACAAAAGUUGUAGAGAAUUAAAUUCUCUACAAUAUUGAUAGGAAAAGCAAAUAGCCUAAAACUCAUUUGCAAGAAAUGUAAAAAAAUCGAUUUUUGUGACCUUUGACUUUGAAACUUGCGACCAUCGAACUAUACGUGAAUUUUGAGAAUACCUUAAGAAUGACAAAAUACAAAUUUUCACGUGAUGAUAUAAUGGGUAUGUGGAUUUUCCGAGAUAUUCACCUAAAUUGGCGUAAUAUUACUGGAUUAAAAAAUAUAUAGCAUUGAAGUUCAAAAGUGAUCGAAAAUUUUUUAAAUUAGAAUGAAAACUUAAUCUGUACAAAUAUUGUUGAAUUUGGAUUUGAUUUUCAUGUAUAUAAAUUUAGCUGUGAUUUUGAUCCUUAAUACUGAAUUGAAAAUUUUGGCUUAUUCACUAGUCAAUAAAUUUGUCAUAUUGCAAAAAGAUAAAAUGUACUGUUUCAAAACAAACAAUAUACGACUUUCAAAAUAAAUAAUACAAGGUGUCUCAUAAUAUAUUUUGAAUUUUAAACUAAUGAAACUUUUUUGGCCGAAACGUAUGAAUUAUUUUUACUUAGUGGAAAUAUGUUUAGUUGGUGGAAGGCAGCAAAGUUGUAAAAUUCAUUUGACUAUUGUAUAAUAACUCACCCAAAACUGAUUAUAUGUGAUUAAUGGCUAUUUGUAUAUAAAGGAGGAAAGUGCUACUUUUCCUCCCGAGGUACUAACCAUUCAUGUGAGGAAAAGGCACUUUACUCCCAUGUUAUACAUAUAAUUUUUUCGCCUUCCUCAAAUAAUAAACUCAUUUUUAAAUAAUUUUUAUUCUUGCUUCUGGCAUAUUUUUAAUUUAUGGUAAUUAUUUAUACUAAAUGUUGAACGUGCAAUUUCGAUACUACUAGAAGUGAGCUGGACCCAACGUAGUUUUCGUGAUAUUUUCAUUAACAUUAUUAUUCAGCUAAUAUCCCCCGGAAAUACUCAUACUUACAAACAAUUUCAGUAAUUUCAGUGACUCCAUAAUUUGGUUCGAAAUUUUUCGUUUUUCUGCAAGAGACUGCUGCACAUAUCCUUCGGUGAUAUUCGUCCUCCAACCUCCAUGUUACUUUAAAGCAAGAAUGUCUACUUCAGAAUUUGUAAAUAAACUUGCCGAGGUACUUCUGAAACUAUGCCCAGUAUAAUUUUUGGCAAUGGGCAGUUUUAAAAGUUCUGCAAUCUUUUCCAACCAUUUGGUUGAUACGUUUUCCUGCUCUAUAGCAGACAAAUAAUCUUGUGAGAUCUGUUUUAGUGCUCAUUUAUAUAUAUUUUUUUAUAAAUGUCAAUUUUAGUUUUCCUACUCAGGGAGGAAAAGUACGACUUUGCUCCUAAUAAUGAGGCCAUGAAAAGUAUACUUUGGAUAGAGGUAGACAAAAAAAAAUUAUGAUUUAUUGAAAAAAAAAUGAACAAAUAAAUUUGAAUUCAUCUCCUUCAAAGUAUCAUCGUUGACUAGUAAUAGCUUAUCCCAACAUAACAUCCAUGACUAUAAGAAACAUUACUAGAAGGCCUCUUUGGAAAUGGCUUUCCCAAUGUUAAAUCGACGAGUGAAAGCAUUUAAAAUGGCCCUGUCAUGACCUUCUCAAUGUCAACCACAUUAUUGUUUUCUGGAAAAGCCAAAAAUCGCAUGGUUCUAAAUCUGCUUGUAAGCAGACAUUUUGUAUCCAAAAACUCGCGAAUCUAAGAUGUUUGUGGUAUAGCUCAAUGUCAUCAUAAAAAAGAGAAUUCUUUAAGUAUCUUUUUUCUCGUCAUUUCAGUAUCACAACGACCUCUGUUUGAUGUCGAAGAAGGUACAUAUUCAUACUCAACUGAAUAAUUUCCCCUUUAAAUCGCUCAUACCACUUGUAAACAGACUUCCAAGUUAUUAAUAAUAUAUACAGAUUUUAUCAUCACAUGGCACUUUGUCCACAAGAAACAAUAUUAAAUAUGAUUGCGUUCCUGGUAAACCGGAACAGGUUGAAACUAGUCUCACCACUUGAACAUACUAAUUGAAAUACAUACCGUAAUAACUGCUAUAGAAAAAAAAUCUUACUGAGGUUUAAUUGGGUCUACUUCUAGAAACUCAAGUUGAUUGUAAACGAUUUUAAAUAAUAAUUAAUCCAGCUUUUAUAAAACUAGUGUAACUUUUUGUGACAUAAAAAGAGAAACUUCAGUAUCUUGUAUUUAACUUUGUGUAGGCUAUCGAAUAAAAAAUAAUUCAUUUCAGAAGGAAUCUUCUGGGGUAUCUUACUCCACCUAUUCGUCUUAAAAAUGUUUUGUUCUUGUAUCAUAAACUAUCAUUGUACAACUUCAACACAUUCUAGUUUGAAUAAUUCACAUUUAAUAUUUGUUAUUUAUUAUUAAGCAUUAAUGACUUCAAGAAUUAUUUAUUCGCUGCGAAUAUGGGGUACCCCUGAUCAAUAGAAGAUAAAUAAUGGGCUCCAAUAUAUUUCCCUGAAGUACACCGGCUUCUGUGUUUCUACUAAGAAUAUAGUUAGAUCCAUUUGAGGUGUACUUACACCAUAAGGAUGUGUAGGAUGUCAGUAUUUCCAUAUAUUUUUUUCGACAGCAUCUGUUAUGAGAAAUUAUUUCCAUUAAACCUACUGUUAAUUACUGUUUUUAGUAUUAUCGAAACGGAAAAAAUAAAAUUUAUUAUGUGUUACGUGUUUCUAAUAAGAACACUUAUUCGGAAGCUCAAUUUAUUAACGAAUACUUAGCUGUAGCUAUGAUUGUUUAUAAUUUAAACUUUAGCUGUACAAUCCAUGAAGCAGAUUUGUAAUACUAAUGUUUAUCAAUUACUAAACCAUAUAAAAUAUAAUUGUAUUGCUUGGAAAGCAACGACUUUAUUAAGUAUUACAAUUAAUAUAGUAUAAUGUAAUAAAUAUCCUAUUUUUGUUCACCAUACCAUAAAUUUCUUAUAAAGUAUUUAUCAUAUAAUGUAAAUUUAUGUAUAUUAAUUUUUUUCAAUAAAAUGUUUGAUUAAU